UUAUUAUUCUUGUUGCUAUUAGUCAUUAAUACAGCACUUGAUAUUUUGUGCAGUGCUUUUAUGCUGAUCAGUUAUUCCACAAAAGAAAAGAGGAGAUACAUUUUGGAUUGAUCCAAACUAGUCUCUUGCAUUCCAAGUGGUAAUAUAGAGUAACCCAUUCUUUUUGCUCAAAUUAGGUAUCUCUCAAUUGCAUAUUCCAGGAUGAUCUAAUUCUGUUCUUCACAUUACUCCUCAUCAGAAAUGUUGAAGAUGCAUUCUGAAUUUUAAUAAUAGAUGCUAGAAUGACCAAAUUGCAGACUAAUUGUGUCCAUAUGGUACUAAAAACAAUUUUUAAAGACUAAAAAAGAUUACUGUAUACAAUGAAAAACUAUUUAUUGUACCUCUGGGCCUACUCUUCUGAAAAACUGUAGCUUACAAAUCUUUCUUUGUCAAGCCUGAACUAAUGUAUAUAAUUGAAAUAAUGUAAAGUUAUAUUUUCAUGUUUUUAUAGUUACAACAUGACAAAAAUACAUACUGUAAGACUUUCAAUUACGGAUAAUGCUGAUUGGAUAAUGCACAUCUCAGUUACGAGCAGUAAUCGUAGUUUAAUAUUCAUGUAACGGUGCAUCAAUAUAUUGCUAUAUAAAUGUCUUUGUGCAUUUAAGUGAAAAGUAGUCCAGAGUGAUGACAGCUGUCUAAAGGUUUUUUUAAUUCAUUUUAUAUAGAAAAUGUUAUGGAAAGACCAAAAUGUUUAUGAAAUAUUCUUAUGUAAAUUUCCAACUGUCCUUUCUGAUAGCUUUUUGUUUACAGUACAAUAUCUUAUUUCUGCUGUGUUAAAUGGGUGUCAAUUCCAAGCAGGACAAACACUUUCGAUAAUUUCUUCUGAAGAUGAUGCGGAUCCAGGUUUCCAUGUGUAUCUUCUGUAGGACACAAGAUGCUUUGGGUUUUAAUUUAAAAUCUAACACGUGAUGGCUUUUCUGGAGUGUUGUACAAAUUAAUCAUACAUAAAAACAUAUUCUUAAAAAAGGCCAAA